UCGACCGCUGCAUGGAGGAGAAAUCGGCGAUCGGGCUUUCCCAAGGUUUCGCUCCCGAGUUCCUUCAUUCAGCGAUUCCGCCCGAUUCAACGCAGGGCCUCCGGCUGUGGUCGGGCCUGUGGUCGCAAGCUUCUGUGUGAAGUGGUUGCACUCUUUAUUUGACAAUCUAUGCGCGACAGAAAGUGCUGUGACGGAAACAUCGCGCGUUACGGACUGAUUAUACCACCCGAAACGUUGUGCUGCCGCUUUUCAAGCCUCGGAUCUCCCGACUGGAAAAAAGUAGUAGCGGUGUGGUAGGCGUAACGUCUCGCUGUCAGAGCGGAGGUUUUCUGAUCACGGCCACGUCGAACACUUCCGAGUCGCAGUCGAGACCACGCCGUGAACGGGACGCAGUGAACUCCGGGUCUCCGGCAAAGUUUGUCGCGCCAAAGUUCUGCGUGGCCUUCGACAAACUAAGGCCAUGGUGGUGAAAAACAUCUGCUGCAUAGGAGCUGGCUACGUUGGGGGUCCCACCUGCAGUGUUAUAGCCCACAAGUGUCCUGACAUCAAGGUUGUAGUCGCAGACAAGAGUCCUGAGCGCAUCAGUCAAUGGAACUCGGACGACUUGCCUAUAUACGAGCCCCACUUGGAUGACAUUGUAAAAGCUUGUCGUGGGCGAAACCUCUUCUUUUCAUGUGACAUAGACACAGCUAUCCAGGAGGCUGAUCUGAUCUUCAUUUCAGUCAACACGCCAACAAAGAACUACGGGUUCGGAAAGGGAAGGGCAGCCGACCUGCAGUACGUGGAGGCGGCUGCCAGGACCAUAGCUGAGAAGGCCAUCACUCCAAAGAUUGUGGUUGAAAAAAGCACAGUUCCGGUCAAGGCUGCUGAGAGCAUUAGCCGUAUCCUCAAGGCCAACAUUAUGGAGGGAGCAAAGUUCCAGGUUCUUUCAAACCCUGAAUUUCUAGCUGAGGGCUCAGCUGUUGCCGACCUACUUAAUCCAGAUCGCAUACUCAUUGGAGGAGAGCAGACCCCUGAAGGCCAAGCAGCUAUUGAAGAGCUGUGUUCGGUGUACAAGCACUGGAUUCCUGAAGACCGUAUCAUCACCAUGAACACCUGGUCUUCAGAGCUUUCGAAACUGGCCGCAAAUGCUUUUCUAGCUCAGAGGAUUUCUAGUAUCAACGCUGUCUCUGCCAUUUGCGAGUCAACUGGAGCUGAUGUUUCUGAAGUGGCCCAUGCAAUUGGAAGUGACAGCAGAAUUGGUCCGAGAUUUCUUCAAGCCAGUGUUGGUUUCGGAGGCAGCUGCUUCCAAAAGGACGUGCUGAAUUUGGUUUACCUGUGCGAAUGCCUCAAGCUUCCAGAGGUUGCCAACUACUGGUAUCAGGUGGUGGAAAUGAACAGCUUUCAGAGGACUCGCUUUGCUCAGCGAAUCAUCGAGCGGCUCUUCAACACUGUAGCCAGGAAAAAGAUUGCAGUUCUUGGCUUUGCAUUCAAGAAGAACACUGGUGACACGAGGGAGAGCGCUGCUAUCUACGUUUGUAAACACUUGAUGGAAGAAGGAGCCUUUCUCAACAUCUACGACCCAAAAGUCCCAAAGCAGCAGAUCAUCGAUGACCUCACUGGCUCAGGAGAACAGGGCGAUGUGUUGAAGCAAGUGGAGAUUUUCCAAGAUGCCUAUUCUGCUGCUCAAGACACCCAUGCCAUUGUUAUUUGCACCGAGUGGGAUGAGUUCAAGUCACUGGACUACCAACAGAUCUACAACGCCAUGCUCAAACCACCAUUUCUCUUUGAUGGGAGGCGCAUUGUUGACAUCGCCAAGUUGGAAUCCAUCGGCUUCCAGGUUGAGGUGGUUGGCCAAAAGACAGCGCGUCAAAGUCUGAACCGUCACAUUGCCAACCAUAUAUGAGGUGCGCUUCUGAUGCCUCACCCUGACUGCACUGCCAGGCUCUAGGCUUUAUGUUGCAUUUUUAGGGUCCACAUAUGCAGAUCAGAGCAUCAGAUUUGUUUUCAAUAUCAUGGGCUGUACAAGCACACUGCAUUUAGUGAGUAGUGUAAGUGACUGAACCCCUGCCACUUCCCAAGUUGAUGUUUCCAAGAUCAGGUUGAGGCACUGUGGUGAACAAUAAUGUGUAUUAGUCACAAUUAAUUGUUUGUAAGAUUGUCAAAAGAUAGUCUCAUUUGUAAUCAUUGUAGUGUAUCAGAUAUUUAUUUGUAUGAAUGGUACCAGUGAGUAGUAAUAACCCUAGGUGAAGUGAACAACGGAAAACAAUCUAAUGCUCUGACUUUUAACAUGGCCAUGGAAGUUCGGAAGUAUUCUCAAAGCACCGAAGCUGUGUAUUUCCUUUUUACUACCAUUCGAGUGUGUCAAACGCAUUUUUGAUUCAACUUGUGGUUCGACUCAGCUUGUACUUGUGGUGCCUGGAGUUGAAAUCAAUUUGUGUUUUAUGUAUAUAUUUGCUGUGUGUUACAAAUACUGUAGGGCUGCUUUUGGCUUCUAAUGCACCCUAUGUUCUAUUUAAUCAAGAUAGAGUGGUACAAGUGAACCAUAAACAGAUCUAUUGCUGAGCUGAUGUGCAAUAUGCUUUGUCUAACCAGUGAAUCAAAAUGCAUCACCAGACAGGCCGUAAAGAUCUGAACAUCAUAUCACAGUUCCAUAUGUUUGGGUGUAUUUUAAAUGCUCGUAACGGUGUGUGUGAGAAUUGAACAUAUAACAUUGCUACCAUGCCAUGUUAGCAUUACGUUUGGGCAUACACCACAGAGGGUGUGCCAGUGGGAAGUACCGUGCUAGGGAUUGCGCUUCCAGAUGAUUCUUUUUUUUUACGCAUUGCACACAUUGAAGUCUGACUGUGUUGCACAUUUCUCGUGUCUGUGUGGCACAGACAUUCUUUGUUCCUAUAUUUGGCGAUGCAUUCAAGCAUUUCUUUUAGUACUUUGUAGUGAACGAGCCUAGGCUCAUCUUUUGGUUGUUCCCAUAUCAAAAGAACCCCAACCCUGUGUUUUACAUUAUGCGCAUCCAUAUGAAAAAUCAAAGAUAUGUACUUACUACUUUAGGUUGUUGGCAUAAGGUAUUCUUUUCAGUUUUAUGAUGGGCACUAAGUAUUUUCUUUGGUUCCCUUUCGUUUUAUUAAUGCAAUGAUAGUUGUUUGUGCUGGUGCUUUUGAAUUCUGCGCUUAUAUACCACCCUUUACAGUGGUGCACCGCUCAGCUUUUUUUUUUAAUAAUUUUGCUUGUGCGUUCCUCAGCAUUUCACUGUUUUCUAUUUUUCUUUUUCUGGCAAGUUCCCAGAGAAAGCAGGCUUCGUGAACAUGUAGACCAGAGUCUUUCACUUUG